GUCUAGAUUUACAUAAAUGAGUAGCUAUAAAUAAUGAAGAGGUACAAUAAGCCUUCAAGAGAGAGAAAGACGGUGUCAGAGAAAACUUGAAACUUGAAACUGUACGAGGACUCGAGGAGUUUCAAACUUAAUCUAAACCUUGUAACUGCCUUUUGCAGGUCACUUGAUGGCUGAUUGGUCUAUGUUGCCUGAUGAUGUUCUGGGUGAGAUUGCGUUGAGACUAAGUUGUAUCAAAGAAUUUAUAUAUUUCUCCGCCGUAUGCCAUUCAUGGCAUCAUGCACAUGGUAUGGUUAAAGAGUUGUGGACCUUCGGAAUGCCAUGGUUGUUGCUAGCCGAGACUACUGAAGAUAACCCAAAUCACUAUAGGAAACUAUUUUGUCCUAUUAAUAAAAUAUGUUACCAAAUUAAGCUUCCUGAAACUUUUGGGGCAAGAUGUUGGGGUUCGUCUUGUGGAUGGGUUGUGACAUUUGAUCUUAAUUUAGAGUUUCAUUUACUUAACCCACUAACUAAAGCUCGAAUUACUCUACCACCGCAACCGACCAUGCCUCAGUAUGAUGUCUUUGAUGGUAAUGACUCUCAUUGGAUGAGACAAUAUUAUGUCGAUAAGGCGCAUGUUGUCAUUGAUGCUGAAAGGGAUAGUGAUGAUGAUUGGAUUGUUAUAGCUUCACAUGGUUGUUUUGAUGGGUACAUAGCUUAUGUAAGGCCUGGGGACCAAGCUUGGACACCAUUAGUAAAUUCGGAGAUAAAUAAAGGAGAUACUGUUAGAGCUCGCGCACAUGAUGUUGUGCAAUGGGGUUCACAACUACUAAUCAUGUUUUAUGAGGGAACACUUGGAUAUUGUGACAUGAGUGCACUUCGAGAUUCACAGCCUGCGAUGAUUAUGGAAUAUCUACCAGCUCCAUUGGAGAUUUUGGAGGAGCUUAGAUUAGGGCUUUAUAGGAUAUACUUGGUGGAGUCAUUUGGUGACCUUCUUAUGGUUCUUCGAUACAAGGAGGAAGUUCACGAUCCAAAUGAUCCCACUGAGUGGGAUUAUACUGUUUGUUAUCGAACAGUAGGUUUUGAGGUGUAUAAGCUUAAUUUCGGUGCCAAAACAUGGGAAGAAGUCGAUGAUUUGGGUGAUGUAGCUAUAUUUGUGGGAAACAACUCUUCUAUGUCUGUCCAUGCAUCAGCUACUUAUAAUUGUAAAUGUAAUUGUGUCUAUUUUACAGAUGAUGAAUGGCAAUUUUGGGGAGAACCCACACUUUUUGGGGGGCAUGAUAUUGGACUUUAUGAUAUGGAGAACUCGGUUAUCGAGAAAGUUUAUGAUGGAGAUGAUGUGCAUUCUAGUUUUUGUGCUCCUUUAUGGUUUAUGCCAAAAAAGAUUUAGAUUAUGGUUUCUUUUCAUUAUAAAGUCAUCAUCUAUACGAGGCUCAAGGUGUAUUCUAAAUAAUGUAACUUUUAAUAACACAUUCAUUUGGAAUAAUAUUUAUUUUGUUGGAUAA